AUGUUAGAUCAACAAAAGGGCUUGCUUGCUGCAAUUGCAGAGGUUUUUCCACAGGCUGAGAGAAGGGUAUGUGCAAGACAUGUGUAUUGCAACUUUAGGGGUGUGUUUGGUGGUAUCUUGGAGUUUAGGAAGCAAUUUUGGAUAAUUGCAAAGUCCACAACUGAGAAUGAUUUUCUGGCUAAAUUACAAGUAAUGAGGGACCUCUCAAAUGAUGCUGCUGAGGAUUUGUUGAAAAGAAAUUAUAAGAAAUGGUGUAGGGCAUUCUACACACCUAUGUCUUGUUGUGACAGUGUAGACAACAAUAUGAGUGAACUUUUUAAUGCAUAUAUACUGAAAUGGAGACAUAAACCUAUCAUCAGCAUGUUAAAAGACAUUAGAGAGAGCUUAAUGGACAUAUUACACAAGAAAAGGGACAUGAUCAAGGAAAGGGAUCUCAGUUUAUGUCCUAGAAUCCAACAACAACUUGAGAAGCAUAAGGUAUGGGCAAGGGGUUGGAAUGCAUUCUGGGAUGGAGGUUUUUGCUAUGAAGUGAGGCAUGGGGCAACUCAAACUAAGUAUGUUGUUAAUCUGUCAGACAGAACAUGCUCCUGUAAUGCAUGGCAAGUUAGUGGGAUACCAUGCAAACAUGUUGUGGUGGCCAUUUGGAACAAAGUGGACCAACCAGAGCAAUAUGUGAAUGAUUUUUUCAAAAAGCACACAUAUGCCAAGGCUUAUGAUCACCUAUUUGAGCCUCUAAAUAGUCCACAAGAAUGGUCUACGUCAGAGAACAUUGUGACUGCUCCAGAGCUGAAAAAGGUGCACAACAGACCUAAGACAAAGAGAAGGGCCUCUGCUGGUGAAGUUACUGAGUCUGGGAAGCUAAGGAAGAAAGGAGGCAAAAUAGCAUGCAGCUUGUGUGGGGUUCCAGGCCACAACAAAGCAACAUGUAGAAAUGCACAAAGAGAUAGCUUCAAUGGUACUAACACAACUUCUGCCCACACAACUGAACCUACUGAAGCUACUCCUACAGUCCCAAUGCAUAACAGAGGUGUGGGUGUAUACACCUAUCCUAAUGGUUAUCAAAGACAAGCAACUCCAAUUAAUCAACCAAAUCCAACAACUUUUAGAAGAGGAGCUGCAUUUUACUCUGAUUAUGCAGGGGAGCAGACCAUAUAUUCCUUCUCUCAGGAAUAUACUAUGUCACAAACACAACUAGAAGCACCAUCUCAAUCAUCACAAACAAUAACAACACAGUCACUGCAGAACUUAGCUAGGACAAAGCAAGUUCAAAAUAGAAACAAGAGCAAAUGA